AUGGGUAGUCAUCUUGGAUUUAUUCGGACUCUUUUUCGUUCGGAUAUAAAUCCAUCUAACUACAAAUCUCGUACUCUUCCUGCAUUGAACAUUAUCGAUAAGUAUGGGAGAACAUUUAAUUUAUCUUGGAUCGGAUUUUUUGUUGCAUUUAUAUCAUGGUUUGCUUUUCCUCCUCUUAUUCAUGGUAUUAUUCAAAAAGAUCUUCAACUAACACAAGCACAAAUCGCAAACUCAAAUAUUAUUGGUCUACUAGCAACUUUUCUUGUACGUCUUAUCAUCGGUCCCCUAUGUGAUAAAUAUGGUCCUCGGUAUGUCAUGGUUGGAUGCCUUCUUAUGGGUGCUAUUCCAACUGCAUUAAUACCACUUAUCAAAAAUGCUUUCGGUCUGAUGAUGAUUCGAUUUUUUGUCGGCGUUUUAGGAGGAACUUUCGUUCCGUGUCAAGUAUGGAUAAAUCAAUUUUUCGAUAAAAAUAUUAUUGGAUUAGCCAAUGCUCUAGCUGCAGGCUUUGGCAAUGCUGGAGGUGGUGUCACAUUUUUUCUCAUGCCAGCAAUUGUAUCUUCACUCAUGAACAAUAACGGUAUAAGUCAAUACUGGGCAUGGCGAAUUGCUUUUCCAAUAUGUCCACUGGUUAUUAUCGUUUAUGUUGCUGUUAUCAUACUUAUCUUUGGUCACGACACUCCGACUGGAUCAUGGAGCACUCGACACUUACACCAAGAUACCCGACAAUAUGGUAUUCAAGUUAUUUAUAGAGCUGAAUCUUCAAAUAAUACUAAUGAACGUAUUCCUAUUACUGACAUAUCUUCUUGCGUAAACGAUGGAGACACAAUUAGCUAUACUUCUCACCAACAAACAUCACCGACAACUGACACAUUAGAAACGGCAAUAGAACCAGUUGAUACUCGUAUCAUUAGGACUGAUUAUGAAAUUUCUGAGGUUCCAUCUGCUAUAGAUAUAUGGAAAACUACAUUUUCAUUACAAACUCUUCUAGUUGCACUUCCUUAUCUCUGCUCAUUUGGAUCCGAACUUGCUGUCGAGGGAAUUAUUUCAGAUUUUUAUAUCCAAACUACAAAAAAUAAAGAUGGCAUAGUUUGGAAUUCACAAACAGCUGGAAACUGGGCUGCUAUGUUCGGACUUUUGAAUGUUAUUACUAGACCAUUGGGAGGUUACAUUUCUGAUGUGUUGUAUCGUUACAAAGGACUCGUAGCAAAAAAAUGGUGGCUAAUCUUUCUGGGCGUUAUGCAAGGUGUCUUCUUUAUUUGGAUUGGAUUGGCACAGUUACACAUUUACGGUUUAAUUGGUGCUAUGACUGGUCUAGCAAUUUUCAUAGAGGGAGCAAAUGGGGCUAUUUUCUCUUUAGUUCCUGCUAUUCAUCCAAAAUUUAACGGUGUUGUUUCAGGUGUAACUGGUGCAUCUGGCAAUCUCGGUGGAAUUUUGUUCGGUUUGAUUUUUCGAUUUCUCGGAACUGACUAUCAUAAGAGCUUGUGGAUUAUAGGAAUCUGUUGUGUAGGUUCAAAUCUUGCAGUUACUUGCAUCUCGCUCAAAUAA